UAAGAACUCCUCCCCUAGUCUUUGGGUGGUUGUUGACUCUCUCUCUUUGUCUCUCUCGGGAUCAGCCGCCGCCGGCAGGUUGCGCCCCCACCCAAAGAGCGAUGGAACGCAGGAGAGCGCCUCCAUCCGCCGCCGCCAGCGGUGGAGGAGUGAUAUUGGGCAAGUACCAACUGGGCCGACUUUUGGGCCGAGGAAGUUUCGCCAAAGUCUACUACGCGCGAUCUCUAAAUGACACCACUGCUGUUGCUAUUAAGGUCAUCGACAAGGCCAAGACUGUCGACGCCGCCAUGGAACCCCGAAUUGUCCGAGAGAUCGCCGCCAUGCGCCGCCUCAACAACCACCCCAACAUCCUCAAAAUCCACGAAGUCAUGGCCACUAAAACCAAAAUCUACCUUGUCAUGGAACUCGCCAAGGGCGGCGAUCUAUCCUCCACUCUACUCCGCCGCCCCGGCUGCUCUCCGCUCCCAGAAACCACCGCCCGCUGCUACUUCCAACAACUCAUCUCCGCCCUCCACUUCUGCCACCACCACGGCGUCACCCACCGCGACAUCAAACCCCAUAACCUCCUCCUCGACGAUGCCGGCGUCCUCAAAAUCUCCGAUUUCGGCCUCUCCGCCGUGCUGGAGGAGCACCGCCGCCACGGCCUCCUCCUCCACACCGCCUGCGGCACUCCGGCGUUCACCGCGCCGGAGGUGUUCUGCCGCGGUGGGGGAUACGAUGGCGCUAAGGCCGACGCGUGGUCUUGUGGGGUCAUCCUCUUCCUCUUCCUCGCCGGAAACCUCCCAUUCGACGACUCUAAUCUCGCCGCCAUGUACCAGAAGAUUCGCCGCCGCGAAUUUCAGUUUCCCAAUUGGGUUUCGAAGCCAGCGAAGUAUAUCAUUCGGCAAUUGCUCGAUCCGAAUCCCAAUUCGAGGAUGAGCAUCGAGGCCUUAAUGGGUCAUUCUUGGUUCAAGAAAUCACUGCAAUUAGACUCCUCUGCUCAGAAUUCAACCCAUUUGAUUACAGAACCAAUCAAAGAACGUAAAUCAAGAACAACCAUGAACGCGUUUGACAUAAUUUCAAUUUCAUCCGGAUUGGACUUGUCUGGACUUUUCGAGCCAGCUUCGAAUGGGAAGAGAGAGAGGAAGUUUACGUCCACGGCGGCGGUGGAGGAGGUGGAGGAGAGGGUGGUGGAGGUAGGAGGGAGGUUAGGGUACAGAGUGGAGAGAGAGAAGGGCGGGGCUAUUGGGUUAGUGAAGGGAAGGACUGUGUUGUUGGCUGAGAUUUUGGAGGUGGCGCCGGAGUUGGUGAUGGUGGUGGUGAAGGUAGUUGAUGGCGGUGGUGGGGUGGUGGAGUUUGAGGAGGUUUAUUGGGAUGAUUUGAGAGUUGGGUUUGAGGGUAUAGGUCUUUCUUGGCACAAUGAUGAUGUGUCUUGAAGAGACAUUGAAGGUUGGUUUUGAUGAGAGCUUCAAUGGAGGAGAGAUAUGGUGGUGGUGGAUUUGUAUAAUGGUGACCAUGUUUUGUGUUUCAGAGUUAAGAGAGCUGCUUGGACUUUCUCAAAAGCUAGUCUAGGUGUGGAACAUGGUCAUUCUAUUCUUGUAAAUCAUAGAUUUUUCUGUUAGUGUUACUUGUUGCUAAUUGAUUUCUCAUAGUUUGUUUCACCA